ACUUCUCCGUAUAUCUCAAGUUCUUUAUCUCUCUCUCAAAACAAUUAUUAAAGAGAGCAAGAAGAGUAAUUAUAAUGAAGAAUGGCAAGUGUGAAGAGGGUGCCUUACCCAAAGUCUCUUGUUCUUUGCCAUUUCCUUCUAUUCUUCUUGAUACUAUGCACUUGAGGAAACAGUUACAAGAAAAGGUAGUUAUGAAAGGAGUGAUUUUUUACUAAGACCCCACCAUUAUUGUUGAUGGAUCUGAAACCUCCGAAGAGAGGUGCACCUGGAGUCCCUCGUGUGGCUCGUGUUGAUGGUGCUGAUGGGAUUUCCUCAUUAUUAUAAUUCUCCAUUAUUAUUACCCCUCUCAAUCUCUUUAAUAAUUGUUUUGUUCUGUUCUUUAGCUAAUUAUUCAAAUAGUUCUUGUUCUGUUCUUUGGUGUGAAUAGAGCCUUCUCUCUGAAUUGAUAAAAAACAGUCUGAUUGCAAUUUAUGAGUUAUGCAUGAAUGUAGGCCUCAUAUAUUAAAUAGGAAGUUACCCUUUCAAGAGAAAUUUUUGAAUAUUCUAAUAAAAUAAUUAGAGUGUGCUUGAUAUAUGGGAUAAUCUCCUUGAAUUAUAGUAAUACUGGAUUAAAUUACAUGAAUUUAGUGUUAUUGUAUUAUUAUAUUUAGUGGCAUUCAGAAGAUUUAUACUUUUCUGGGGUCAAGAGUGGUUCAAACUUCAAAGCAUUUACGAUAAUAAAUCAACAAAAGCAACAUCAUGUGCAAAAUGCCUGCAUUCAACGGAGACAUUGCAGCUUGUUGGAGAAAAAGAAACAGUGCCUUCCUGCUUCCAUUCAAAACAUCACCCUUGUUUUGCAUGCUGUACCUCUUUACAAUCUCCCAUGUAUUGAAUAAAAUAAUCAAUUAGUUCCAUACUCCUAAGAACUUAGGAGUAAUAUUAUUUGUACAACAAAAGUUAAUAACUUUAUUUAGAAUACUAAUUUCCUUCCUAAUAUUUAUAUGAACUACCAACUAAGUUUUCUGCUAAAGACAAACACAAAUAGCAUUUCUGGCUCCAAAGAUCAGACAGUGAAGAUUGGAGUAUCAUAGAGCACAAAUUCAGCUCAAAAAAUUUUGCAAGCUGUUAACUUUUUCAAGUUCUGAAUUGUAAUAUACUCAAAAGGGUCAUAAAAAUUUCAAUGGCUUAUGGUGAUAGAAACAGAGGAUCCUCUGUUUUUGAUGGGUUCACUCUGAGUCCCCUGCCAUAUCCUGUUCUGCUGAUCCUAGCACUGAUCCUAAUCUUCCUUGGAGUUUCAUGGUACUUUUCAUAUGAAGAAGUUGUUGAAAGUGCUCAAGUGCAAUUGGGGUGGUUACUAUUUGCCACUCCAGUUCUGCUUAUACUCAUAGUUCGUUGGUUGUCAUCAAUGGAAAACACUGAGUGGUUCUCCGGUUGGGACAGACGCCGGAGAACCACCCAGGGAUCCUUGGAGGGGAGCUCGCCAUGGGGUGUGGCUGCCUUGAUUGUUGUGUUGCUUAUAUUGAUGCAAUAUCAAUCCAUUUUUCGUGAUAACUGGUUUGUUUGAUUUUAAGUCCAAACCACUUAAAGACAAUUCAAGGGGAAUCAAGCAUACAUAUAUUACUUGAACCAACUAUCUUGGUUGGUUGGUUAGUUUGAUUUGGAACUCCUACUUUAGAUGCUUGUUUUUUUAGGAGAUUGUAUUUUGUUUUUUUAUAUGAAUAGUGUAGAAGGUGCUUUUGUAUGUA